AUGGAUAUAUCGAGGCCGUAUCAUUGGCUUCUAGCUGCAGUCAUUCUGAGUCUUUCUUCGAGCUUGAUGACGAGCGAGAUAGAGCAAUUUACGAAAUCUGAUUCCUCGGUUGUCGAUAUGCGAAGAGAUGAAACCAAUCAUACUAGGGUGAUGGCAAUCCGCCGGCGAAGAUACGUGCGAUUUCCAACAGGAUCUGCUUAUCUCCUCGAGACCGAUUCAAUGCCACAUGGUAGGAAUUUUGGGCCGCAUCCGGUCACGCGUUUCAUUCCACAGACUCAAUUCCCAGGGUCGUGGAGACAACACAAAUCCUUCUGGAGAACUCCUGCCGAUUACAACAGGCCGGUGAUGUCCCAUCGGACACCACGACUGAUAUUCCGUGACAACGAUUUCCUGCCGCCAGUCGGAGGUGGCGCGACUUCCUUUUUCCAGCAGUCUAAUCAGUUGCCAGAUUUCGAGGACGAUAUUAGAGAUCUCCGAAAACAGAUGCCUGAUGAUUACCCUAGAUUAGAAACAGAGAUGCGUCAACAAAAAAGACCGCUGUGGAAAGGCGACGAUACAUUGUGUACGGACGGACGAAGCUGUGAAUUUUUUCUAAUGUGCUGGAUGACUGCUGGCCUAUUGGACGGCAGCUGCGGCGGCAUUAUGUACGCGUGUUGUCAGCGGAAAGACCCCACUAAAGCUCUCACUGAUUAUAACCUGAUCGAGUCACCUAGAGAUCAAUCUCGGCCACUUCCACUGGAUUUGUACACGGAGACCGACAGCGACGAUCGUUGCGGCAUACCAAUCGUCUCGAAACAAAUUGCGCAGAGGAGGAUCGUCGGCGGUGACGAGGCUGGUUUCGGCAGUUUCCCGUGGCAGGCUUACAUACGGAUUGGUUCUAGUAGAUGUGGCGGCACUUUGGUCAAUCGAUUUCACGUUGUCACCGCUGGGCAUUGCGUUGCAAAAGCGUCAGCAAGACAAGUCCAGGUUACUCUCGGUGAUUAUGUGGUGAAUUCUGCGACCGAAUCUCUGCCAGCUUAUACUUUUGGAGUUCGAGAAAUUAGAGUGCAUCCUUAUUUCAAAUUCACGCCACAGGCAGACAGAUUUGAUGUGGCUGUGCUUCGAUUAGAUCGACCGGUUCAUUAUAUGCCUCAUAUAGGGCCCAUAUGCCUACCAGAGAAAAAUGAAGAUUUUCUAGGGCAAUAUGGCUGGGCUGCGGGAUGGGGCGCUUUGCAAGCAGGUUCUAGAUUACGGCCAAAAACAUUGCAAGCGGUAGACGUGCCCGUGAUCGAUAAUCGUCUCUGUGAGCGGUGGCAUCGGUCCAAUGGCAUCAACGUCGUCAUUCAUGACGAGAUGAUGUGUGCCGGUUAUCGCAGCGGCGGUAAGGAUUCGUGUCAGGGUGACAGUGGAGGUCCGUUGAUGUUAGAAAAAACUGGUCGAUGGUACCUCAUCGGCAUUGUGUCCGCAGGUUAUUCCUGCGCACAGCCAGGCCAACCAGGGAUCUAUCAUCGGGUGGCCAAAACUGUCGAUUGGAUCACGUAUGUCAUAAACUCGUAA